CAGAGUUCUCCUCUAUAAAAAGCAGCGCAUCUGAGAGAUGUUGUCACUUUGGACGAAGCUCAGGCUUGUCGCUGAAACUUUUGCUCACUGAACGAUGAAUAAGCUGAUCCUUGACGUGGACACUGGGGUGGAUGACGCCCAGGCCAUCAUGAUGGCCCUUGCGAGCCCCACUGUGGAGAUCCUGGGGAUCACCUGUUGCAAUGGCAACACAAAGCUAGACAACGCCUGCAAGAACACCCUCCGUGUCCUGCAAAAGUGCAACAGGUUGGAUAUCCCGGUGUUCAGAGGCUGUGUACAGCCCCUCCUGGCCGAGCCACUCCAUGCUGGAGAUUACCAUGGGAAGGACGGGCUGGGCGACGUCCCAGAUCCAAAUGCUCCAGGCAUGGAUAUGCUGCAGGACACACACGCCACGCAGGCCAUGGUCAACAUUGUGAACGACAACCCUGGAGAGGUGAGUCUCGUGGCCACGUCGGCCCUCACUAACCUGGCUGUUGCAGUACAACUGGACCCUUCCUUCCCUGAGAAGCUGAAGGCGCUCUACAUCAUGGGAGGAAACAUCGAGUCGAGGGGCAACACCACCGUGUGCGGAGAGUUUAACUUUGUGGUCGACCCCGAGGCCGCCUACAUCGUGUUGAACCGCUACACCUGUCCCACCUACAUCGCCUCCUGGGAGUUCAGCUGCAGGAACAGCGUCCCAUGGUCUUUCUGUGACACUUGGCUCGCCCAAGACACAGAGAAGGCUCGUUUCAUGGAGAACAUUUCCCGCCACACCAGAAAGGUGGCCCAGAGUGAGGACAACGAGAAGGAGGAGACGAAAAGAGUUGGGUUCAACUCCUGCGACGCCUACGCUUUGGUUGCAGCUAUCGACAACUCUGUGGUGACGGAGAGCGAAGAGGUUGCGGUGUCAGUAGAGCUAGCGGGGAACAACACCCGAGGCAUGAUGGUGCUGGAUUACAUGGGGCUGCUGAAGAAGAAACACAAGGCCACCAUCAUGAAGAAAGUCAACUUGGAUUUGUUCAAAAAAAUGAUGAUCGAUUCGGUGAAGUAGAUUCCUCUGAGCCGCAGUAUUCAGUAAAUACCAUGCUCUUUACAGGUCAUGCCCACUUUGUGUGUCUUUACCUUCUAUUUCCCUUCAGGUGGUGGGUAAUCAACUGACUGUACAUUCUCUUGGAUUGGCUUGGAUCACACCGAAAUGUCAAGUCAAUAAACACAUCCAAAUUGUUGGCCUUGGCGCUCACAUUGCACUGUGUCACAACUGAGGUGAAGUGAACAACUUUCCCAGGGCACAUUGAAAACUUGACAGCCAGGCUCAAUGUGUCUCAACUGGUUUGUGCCAGCAGAGGUUUGGGGCCACAGUUGAGAGCUUAAUGAGCAGCACAAUUAAGAGCAAUUAAUGAUAUGUAUUUGUCAUAAUGGAAAUUUAAUAUUUGGAACAGGUGUCAUUUGACCUUUACUAUGCGUGUCCUGUGUGAUAUCAAGUACCAUUCUUUGGAAGUUAAAUUGCUUCUUUGGAAAAUAUUGUAGGUGCUAUAACAAUAAGACACAUCUAAAGGGCCCUAGGAGAGACCAUCCCUGAAUUGUCUUUUUCUUGAGCAUUGGUAAGAAUACUUGCAGUACAGAGAUUUGAACUCUUCCCAGGAUUCUAUGGACUUUCUCAUUUGAGGCAUGAUUUCUAUUCAUUAUUGAUGUACUUGGCUUAGGGGUUUGCUACUUGACUCUUCUUUGUUUGGUUGUUGCAGUAUGUCACUCUAGUAUGAAUACAUGGCUGUUUAAAAAUUGUUACUGUCUUUCUCUGGGGAGCAAUUGCAAAUAAACUCGACAUACUUUCA